AAUUGGGCAGCCGUCGCCUCCCUCCUCCCGCAUCCCAUCCCCAUCUCCUCCCCGCCACUCCCCAAUUCCAAUUUCCGAGCUAGCAUCUCGCGAAAUUUUCCCCAGAUUCGCCUGCGCUUCGAGCUCCCUCCACCAUUUUCGUCCAAAACUCAAAUCCUCCCUCCUCGGCCGAAGCUCUCAAAUACCCAUGGCCGCUCCCCUCCUACAUCCAGCUCCAGCUCCAGCCUCUCCACGCCGCCUCCGCCCCCGAUCCCGAGCGCGCCCGCUACCCGAGCCCCGCGAUGGCCGCCGCCGGCUCCGGAGCUGACAAGGAGAACGCCGCUCCUUCGACUUCGGCCGCCACCGCGGCCGGUCCCCGGCGGCACGGGUACGGCGUCAGGAGCUGCGGGGUGAAGAAGCGGUCAUCCAGGGCGCGGGGGGCCGGGCGGGUGCCGCUCCGGGACAUCACCAAUCUGGUGGCGGCGGCCGCGGGGCCCGAGGCAACGCUCGCGCCCGGGCAGGACGCGUCGCCGGCCGCGGUGGAGCUGGCGAAGAAGCCCGAUGCGGCGGUGCCGGCGGUGGCGGGAGCGGCGGAGGCGCAGGACGGAGCGGCUGCUGGUGGCGCCGCGGCGAAGAAGGCGGCCGCUGCGCCCAGAUACUCGCUCCGGAAGGGGUUCAGAUAGGCCGUACAGUAGAACUUGGAGGUGCUUCUUGUUUCAUCGUCCAAUAACUUAUUGGAUUGAGUUGAUUGAUUGAUUGCUUGGUUUCCUCUUUUCUGUAAUCUUGAGCAUAAGAAAUGAUUUGUUCACAUAAGGAGAAUA